GCCUUUAGAGUCUGCUUUCCUUCCUGUUGCCUGGUCACACUCGUCUGAGAAAUCAAAUAAACGAGGUUCUAGAUUUGGAAUUAAUUAAGCAAGAAGCGGAGAAUGGAGCUUUAAACAUCCCUAGGUUAGCUGAAUUUACCAUCGGGAUGAUGGGUACAUUAUGUGCUCCAGCUCGGGAUGAGGAGGUCAGGAAACUUAAAGACAUCAAAGAUGCCAUCCCUUUGUUCAGGUAUUAACCGUUGUCGUCUAAAAUAAUAAAAUAAUUUCACAAGGGAUCUAAUACUUUUGGCAUGUAAUUUCUGUAAGGUAUGUUUAUUUAUUUUUUUUUAAUACUUUGGCCAUGAUUGUAAUAGUUGGAUAAGCUUUGGUCAACGUAGUAAAAUAUAAAAAAUAUAUAUAUAAAAAAUAUCAAUAUAUAAAAAAUAUCAAAUUAUUACAAAAACAAACAUCCCUGAUAAAUCGUGGCCUUUUUUCUCUAAUAUAAAAAUGUGUAUAUUACUGGAUUUCUCCAUUACCACGGACCGUACCUGUCCACUAAGGUUGAGGAGUGCUAGGCUCUUUCUAUUUAAAUAUAAUGAAAUCAUAAACUGUAACAAAAUAACUUUAAUAUAUGUCAAAGAGAAUGUUCGAUAGAAAGACAAAAAUGGAACAAUAUGAGUGGUUAAAGUGGGAGAGAACACCGGUAGUUUAAAAAUCUUGUUAUAGGAGAAAAAAUUUGCCUCAUGAAUUGUAGAAUUCCAGUUAUUAUUUCAUCACCCCUCUAGAAUACAUGUUCCAAACUUCCUUACUUAAUACUUAGUAACACUAGGAAAAUGAUUGAUUGAAAAGCCAAUUUAUCUUAUGGUUAUAACCAUAAAUGACCACCAGAGGGAGCUCUUUGAGGCUUUCUCAGGCUUUUGUGAUAACGAUAUGUAUUGAAUUACCAGGCCUAUUACAAUUUAAUUAGCUACUCCUGUAAUAAUAUGUCACUCUUGGAUGUGACAAUUAUUUCUUUGGUUUAUUAUACUCUGCGACACAAUUUUGCGACUAUAGCAUCUCUUUAUAUUAGUCCAUCGAUUAACUCCAUAUUUCUCUAGUCUUGAAUGCCUAAAUGUAUUUGUAUUGCAUUAAUUGGAAAUGUAAAUGUUUUGUAAUUUGUGUUAGAUUUCAAACAUUGGUAAUCUUGGAUUUUUAUACAGCCUAGACCUGCCUUUCAAUGAAACGUGGCAUAAGAUUAAUUUGCUUGAUGUAAGUCAUACAUAUUGUUUUAAUCCUUACGGACAUGAUGAGUUAAUGAAUGAUGGCUUUUUCUGUUGUUUAGGGCAAUAUUUUCAGUUUUGGACCUGAUGAAACUCGACAUGGCAAACUUUGCCAUAAGCAGUAUUCGGCCACAUUUGAUGCAACAAUCCGUGGACUAUGAGCAGAAAAAGUUCCAGGAAUUCUUUGAUAAAAAUACAAGUAAAAAUACAAUUUCUAUAUUUGAGAAAUAUAUAUAUAUAUAUAUAUAUAUAUAUAUAUAUAUAUAUAUAUAUAUAUAUAUAUUACAUCUUUUAUUUUAUUUUAGUGAUUGUUUUCAUGAUUUGUUAAAUGGAAAGUAUGUAUUAAUAUAUGUAAGCCAUUACCAAUAUUAAUGCUGCAAAAUGAUUCAACAAGGGCCAGAUUGUAAGUAAACAGUGAGGCAUUGAUUCUGUAAUUGAUAUGAAAACUCUUAUUUUAUGAAAGGAACAAAUUGUGGAUUUCUUGUCUGCAGCCUUUGCAAGCCCUCCCCUUCUAACCCCUCCCAGACUUUCUGUGGCUGUCCAAUCACAGACUUCCCAAUGCAGCUCAAUGAGAAGCCUGGGCAAUUGCUGCCUCUUCAGUUUAGUGCAAAUAAGCUAACCAAACCAGGAAGUAACGUUUCCUGUUGUCUGCUUGAAAAGCCAGAGGGGUGUAGCCAAUAUAAUUUAUAAAAGUGUCCAUUUCUAUUGAAACCUGCACUUUUCCAGAAAAUGAAAAAAAUAUGACACUCUUCACACAUAGUGUUUCAGCAAGCUAAAGUGCUUUAGGGGUCUGGAGUCUCCCUUUAAGUUCAACAUAUUGUUUUCACAUAUUACACCAACAUGCAAACAAGUGAUUCUUGCCACAAAGGACAAGCUUAAUGGAUGAUCACUUUAAAUAUUUUCUUAUUAAAGGAACAUGACACACAACUGAUUAUUUUCUAAGCUUUAUUAAAUCACUGAUCUAUAGAGAGUGCGUGCAUUUCUUUUUAGUUGAACUACAAUUCUCAUGAGCUAUAAAAAAAGUAUUUUAUCAAUAGUUCAAAUAUAACAUGAAUUUAUCUAAAUCUCUUUAGUUUAGAAAAACAGCCUCAGAGGGAAUAUGAUGGAAUUAUGCAAAUUAUAUUCGGGGCCAAUACAAACUGUUGUGUGGAAAUCUGUUCAUAAACAGGACUUUACAUAGGACACAUGGUCAUGCAUUUAGACUGGAAGAAAGGACAUUUAGUCUAAGGCAAAGGAUACGUUGUUUUUUCAGUAAGAACAAUACAGAUAUGGAAUUCUCUGCCUGAAGAGUUGGUUUUAUCUGUAUAGAUGUUUAAACAGCAAAUGGAUGCAUAAUUGCAAAAACAUGAUAUUCAGGGAUAUAAUUUUUAAACUGUAGGGUAAUAGCUUCUUGAUCCAAGGAGAGAUCUGACUGCCAUUCUGGGGCCAAGAUGGAAUUUACCCCCAGUUUGUUGCAAAAUUGUAAAUGCUUCAAACUUUUUUUUUUUGCCUUCUGUUGGAUCAACGGCAAAAGCAGACAUGAGGAAGGCUGAACCUGAUGGACGCAUGUCUCUUUUCAGCUAUGUAACUAUGUGAUUUAUUUCUUGUGUAAUUUUUUGCUGAUAAAAAGAAAUGUUCUCUCCUGCUGUAGGUUCUCUGGAAUUUGUUAGUCAGUGGCUACAAGAAGCAGCUGAUGACCUGAUGGCUUUGCACGCAGUGGAGACUACCAAUAUUGCUGCCGAAGCGACAACUGGAUCAAUAUCUCUAGUCUCGGUUCUGAAUCAUGCCUACAUGAAACUGCUUGCAUGGAACCACCUGCAAAAGCCAUUCCCAGAGGUAAGGAUGUUUAAAUUGCAAAAUGAAUCACUGCUUGUUUUAUGUGCAUGUGUGUAAUUGAUGGUGGCGAUAAGGGACUGACAAAUGAAAUAGUUACGAACUGCCUUACCUAACAGGUGUUUCGAUAACAUAACAGAGUGUAAUAUGGUACAAUGCUACAUACAUCGACUGCUGUUCUAAUCCUGCAUCCAUGCUUGAUGUUCAUUAACUUGGAUUAAGCUGAUUCUGCAUCUGGUUAAUUAUAUUCACAAACCUGGGUUCAAGCUGAUCGUGAGAAAUAAAUUUUGGGGCCCCUGACACAGUUCAAAGUGUGGGCCCCCCCGAGGGCCCAUUCUGAGUCCACCCACAAGGAUGGCCUGUGUGGUGUGUAAAAUGAAUACAGAUUGCACAUUUGUAUUUUUGUGUGUAGUUUUGUGUGUUUUAGAUAAAGUGUGUGUUUGUGUUGUGGUUUUAGUGUGUGUAUGGUGGAUGCAGUGUGUGUUUGUGUUGUGGUUUUAGUGUGUGUAUGGUGGAUGCAGUGUGUGUUUGUGUUGUGGUUUUAGUGUGUGUAUGGUGGAUGCAGUGUGUGUUUGUGUUGUGGUUUUAGUGUGUGUAUGCAGUGUGUGUGGAUGCAGUGUGUGUUGUGGUUUUAGUGUGUGUAAAUGUGGGGGCUGUAUGUAAAAUAGGGGGCUGCAUUGAGGGGGUAGGGGGUGGGAGGGGAGCCUUUUUGGUGGUAUUUUAUUUCCCCCUCCUUGCUUCUUACCUGACCAGUGAGCGGGGAGAUCGCAUCCCUGGUGGUCUGGUGGAGGGUGCCAGCCACUUUAGAAUGUAGACGGGGACCAGCCAGCACAUCUUAACUUUCCAUCACCUCCUGCCUGUAACUCUCGCAAACUGUGCCGGUUUGCCGCGCGGAGCGUUGCCAUGGUAACCCGUGGCAACGCUCUGCCGGCCGCGGAGCUCGUGAGACUUACAGGCAGGAGCAGCUGGAGAGUUAAGAUGUGCUGGCUGGUCCCAGUCUACAUUCUACAGGUAGCCGGGGCCCGCAGGUGAACAUAUAGAUAGCGAUAAUCGCUAUCUAUCUGUGCACAAAUGGAACGUGGGGCCCAGGACUCCCAGAGCAGUCCGGGCCCCCCAGGACCACCGGGCCCAUGACAACUUUCUGAAGUGGACACAUAGUCUGUGAGUGCCAUGCACACAACGGCACUCGUCCUCGGCUAUCCCCUACAGUCCUGGGGUCUGGCCGACUUUCUCUACUCCCUGUACCUCCCACUUCCACUGGGAAGCGAGACUGGUUCACUGCUGCUGAGGAGAGAAGGAUCCCACCGCUGCCACCAGAUAUGGCGGUAUACCCUCUCGAGGAUGGGUUACAACCGCCUGUGGUUGCCCCUUCCCAGUUGUGCCCAGCCCUAGAGUGAUUAGAGCUGCUCGCCUGUGAUUAUAGUCGCUUGCAGGAGGGCAAUCAUGGUAUCACCCAAACACUAGUCAAGACUUAGUGAAGGGUGAAAUAGAACUGUUUAUUGCAGGCAAGAUACACAGUAGUUAUGCACAGACCCCCCCAGGGGUUCUCCAUUGACAGCAGUAAAAAUCAUAAGCCCACCCUGGCGUUGCUGUGUCUGGGAGAUAAUUAGCCAAACACACAAAAAACAAAAUACACACCAUACAGUAACUCUUCCACGAAUAGCUCCUGGUCCCAGCUAUGAUCCCUGCAAAUAGCGGAGCAAUUGGAUGUACAGAACCCAAGAAAUCGUCAUAUAAAGUCUGGGCUUGAGGCUCUGUACAUGCCCAAAAACAGUUACAGAGAAUUACUUGGUUUAGGCCUGUAGAUUCAAACUUCAUGCCUAAACCACGCAAAACUAUUUGCACCAAUCGGUGCUCAUGGAAGGGGGGAUGUUUUGCUGGCCAAUCAGGAGAAAGGGCGCAAAACCAGUUUAAAUGGCAACCCUUCUCCUAUUGGCCGGCACGGACUUCCAGGCGGCCAAUGGUACUCUGCGACUCACCGUUACAUGUAGGUAGCACGGGAGAGAGCACUUGUGGCGGUAUUCAGUGACUGAAAGGCCGAACAGGAUUGGGGACAACCCUGUCUAGUGCCAUUAUAUAUUCUGAAGGGAGCUGUAUCCGAUCCCAGGAGUUGAAUCUGUGCCUGAUUAGAGUACAAAGCUCCGACUGUUUUUUUUUUUGUUUGUUUGUUUUUUAUCCAGGGUUUGGGAAGCCCUUGUGUUUGAGGAGAUCAAACAGAUCUGGCCAUGCCACCCUAUCAAAUGCCUUCUCUGCAUCCAGAGACCGGAGCAGAGAAGGAAUUUUUCCGAUCUCAGCAUACCAUGCCAGUUCAACUACUCUGUGUGUGUUUUUGUAUAGUUGUCUACAUGGCAUAAAUCUCACUUGAUCAGGAUGCAUCAAUCUUAGAACCACUAAGGAGAAGCCUUCAGCAAGAAUCUUGGCUAAAAUCUUGGUAUCUACAUUUAUUAAUGAAAUGGGUCUAUUAUUGGAUGACUGAGUUCACCAAGGGGAACUAAAUCCUGGACUUAUUUUAUGCCAGAAAAGCUUAGGGACGUCAAUCCCACCUAGGUCUUAAAUGGCCAUAGGUUUGUAUGAUGAAUCUGACAAAAUUGCAGCUUAGGAAAAGAGGGUACCUAAGCUUGGAGAACUCAGGGGAGGGAUAGAUGUCUGAAGAAUUAGGAAGGCAGCCUGGCUCACUAGUAUUAAUCCCCAAGGUUCCUCCGUGGAAUGCGCCUAUACCCCCAGCUGGGUGAGACCCAUCUAAAGCCCCCUAGUAAAGAUCCAUGGAAGGUCCAAGGAGAUAGCCCUUCAUCUAACCGACAGCCGAGUAAGAUGGUAGCAUAUAAACCGUGCAGUAUACUAAUGAACAGAAUGCAACAGUCGAAUAGCAUUGUAAAUAUGACAUGUGCGCCAUAGGAUGAGUAAAAAUAAUGGAAAGAGUAUAAUAAAGCAACAAAAAUAUUAAGUAAGAAUAGUUGUUUUUGGUUUUUUCCUUUUGUAUUCGUUCAUUACUUCUCUCUCUCUCUCGGCUGUAUUUGUGAAAUUUCCUUCUGAUGUUGUACAAUAUGAAAGGUAUAAAGGUCUAAUCGAAAGCUCAGAAUGUAGUAAAAUUAUUCUCCCAUCUCAAGGCACCAUACCGUAACCCAACGUAGCUCAGCCGUAAUCCCCUUCCCAACCCUAUUGCUCCACAGGGCAGAAAGGGGGAUGACAAAGGCAGACCAAUACACCUCUUCCCCUGUAAUAAACCAAUAUCAGGCCACUAACAUUAAACAGUGGAAAUGGGAAAUCAUUAGUUAGGAGAGAACAUUAAACAGUCAAUAUCACCCAUGUUCCUAUAGCAGGAUACAAUGUAUAUUGUGAAAAUCUGCUGAUCAGAAACUCUUCAUUAGAUGAACAAGAGACCUGAUGCAAAAUCCCAACAAAAAAUAGAUGUGUAACUCUCCUUCUGGGCACAAACAUAUAUCCAUUUGGUAAGACCCUAUAGAGUCACAACAAAACAAGAGUAGUAAGUGUAUAUAUAACACAUUGCUGGAACUUCACUUCCAAUGGAAAAAAACAAAACAACGGUAGGCCCUAAAAGCCCUCUCGGUACAAAGCACUGCCCCCAUAAAAUUGCUUGGAGACUCUUCAAGGGUGAGAACAAACGGUAGAGACGUUUUUCAUCAGUCAAGGGGCUCCUACCUCGUACCAUUCCCUGGGCAAUGAGACCUAGGGAUCCUAAUGUAGAAAUAGGGAUGCUAUCCUCUCUGGCAUCUCCAGGCCAAGAGACUGAUAAAAUCUCACCAUGUCUGUGGUGGGAUUAAGAACGUUGGUACGGCCGUUCCUGAAGGCCAGUAACUUGAAUGGGUGACCCCAUGCAAAAAGGUUUUCUUUUAAUCAUUAUUGAUCCUAAGUUGGUUUUUGUUGUGUUUUUGCAGACUUUGUUAAUGGACCAAAGUCGUUUCCAGGAAAUGCAGCAGGAGCUGGUUCAGCUAACCCGCCAAGCAACCUUGCUAUUGAUAAUUCAUAACUCUGCAGGUCCUGCUUUGUUUGGGCUUCCUGGGUUUAUAGAGCGAAUGAAGUCAAUCAUCAGAGUCUUACUAGAGGGAGUGGACGCACCGUAAGUAAACUCAACACAAAUGUUUCCAUGCUGCAACUGUAUGAAAAUAUAAUAAAGGAAAGCAACAAGAUAUUUUGCGCCCUGCCCAAGUUUCUAUUCAUUCUUUAACUAGAAUAAAAAAUUAUGCUUUUCUGAUGUCUCCAAUUUAAAGGUUUGGGAGUGUAAUGGUACUUACCCAGUCCUUGUACCUGGGUAAGUACUGUAUGAUCGGGUGCACGGUCCAUACAGUAUUGAGAAUGCUGCUCGCGUCAUGAGCACGUUCUCACUGUCGGCUCCCAUUGGCCCACGUCAUUCUGGCAGCCCCCUUCACACGUAUUUUAGGGUCUCAGGCAUGACGUGGACCAAUCAAAUGAAACCCUAUAGUAGUUAAACUUAACUGGCCCUAUAUACUGUGCCCCAUUGUGAUUUCUGUUUCCGGUACCUUUUAGUGCGUUCACAGAAGUAUUGCAUUCUGGUAUUGACCUUGGUUUUGUUCCUGACUCUGAGUUUAUCAGUUUUUUUUUUAAAUUCUUCAUUUUGGUCGUGCAGAUAUUGAACAAGUAGAUUUGCACUGCCACAACAGCUGGUGCAAACAGAUUUGUACUCACAUGGUAACAGUCGUAGUGCAUCAAAAACAUUGCACUUUUUCUUUUUUUAUAUAUAUAUAUAUGAAUAAACAGGAUUAUAUCAUAAGCUUAGUAAAAACAAAGGGAAACAUCGGCCUGGCUCACAGAUUGCCAUCACAAUUUUAGUUAAAGUAGGAAUAAUGGUCAGGCUCAAAGCAUCACAUUUUGAAAUUGAACUGGCUUAGUACCUGACCGCACAUGCUUUUAUGAUCAAUAUAGUAAAAAAAGUCUCAUCAUGCAUGUUUAAAACUAAAUAGGAGAUAGUUGUAGAGGAGUUAACUAACACCCCGUGUAACACCCCGGCCAACUCCACAACUAAAAGCUAAGCUAAUGUCCAGAACAUGAGAAAACAUAGGUUGAGGAACAUAAAAACAAAUUCAAACAAUGCUCUCAAGUAAAGUGGAAGGAGAUAAGCAACAAUAAAAGCCAAGUUUGUACUCGGUCAAAAUAAAUCUCCACCAGACGCCAUCUUGGCUAAAUAUUACGCAGAGAUUACGCAGAAUAUUCAGCACACUACUCGGCCUAUGCCUGCCAUGGGCAGGGCACAGGCACUCAGCAUGGUGCAGUUCAGCAAGCAUGGUAACAUAGGUGGGCGUUGGUGUUGUAUUCGGACGGUAGGGAAGUUCCCUUGCUGUCUCUUGCUUUCCCCUCCUCGUCCCCUCCAGACCUUCCUCUGUCGGCGCGCUGAAACCACGGGCCGGUUCUGGGGCUGUCGGCACAUAUUCUCAGGUGAGUGAGCUUGUGGCAUUUGUGGAGCAGACAUUUGUUGCCUGAGUCUCCGCUUCCUCCAGAACUCUUCAAAUAUAAUUCAAAGUUUGGACAGAGCCCUGGACAUUGCGACAUGGUAAUGAAGAGGGCACACAGCAUUCACCAUUUUAAACGUACUGCUGGUGAUGGCUUUGCUGAUUGUGACAUUACCGCCCGACCCUGGAGGAUUUGGUGAGCCAUCAGGGUGUGGAUCGGGAUCACCCCCGCCGGUCCAAAGUGGUUCAGGUGGUGCCCGGGUCGGGAGAUCGGCCACAUCUGCCUCCCACAGCACUCGCAAGGCCUCUCUCCUAGCGGCUAAAAAUUCCAUCAGGACAGCUUGAAAUGACCGCUGGAAGCACCCCCAACCGGUCAGUCAACACAGAGUGUGAAUGUCUCUCAGCCAGCCUCAGUCCAAAAGCAUAGGUAACUGGAUUAAAAUCACAGGAUUGCAGGGAGCUCUCUGAAAGCACAUCCAGUCUCCAUUAGUCCACUAGUCUGUCCUUUGCAAGUUAUAUUGUAGAGGCUUCAAAGAUGAGUACCCAUGACAUAUUCUUGGCCCCUGAUUUUUUUUUUUUUCCCAAAAGAAUCAGUGAAAAAUAUUGUGUGUGUCAGCAGUGGUACGGACACAGAUUCUGCAGUUGACUUGAAUGGAAGUUAUCCUAAUGACCAUGAUGUAAUGCAAUGCAGUUUUCUCUUCCUCCUGUAAUUCACUUACCAGUGGAAACGGAUGCUAAAUCAGAGCCAAGCUGCCGCUUUUAAACCAGAUCAGUUUAACCCCUUAAGGAAACAUGACAUGUGUGACAUGUCAUGAUUCCCUUUUAUUCCAGAAGUUUGGUCCUUAAGGGGUUAAAGUUAUACGUUAAGGGACACUACAGGCACCAAAACAUCUUUAGCUUAAUGGAAUAGUUAUGGUGUAUAGAUCAUGCUCCUGCUGUCUCAUUGCUCUAUUCUUGAGUUAAACCGCUUUUGUUUAGGCCGACCUAGUCAUACCUCUCUGCAUGUGAUUUGCACAGCCUUCCCAAACACUUCCUGUAAAGAGUCAUCUAAUGUUUAAACUUCCUUUAUUGCACAUUCUGUUUAAUAUAGAAUUUCUUAUCUCCUGCUCUGUUGAUAGCCUGCUAGACCACGCAGGAGCCUCCUGUGUGUUAUUUAAGUUCAAUUUACAGAGCAGGAGAUAAAAACUUCUAAUGCAAGUUAACAUCUGAUUGAAAUUGAACCAUUUUAUUUAAUGUAAGCUGUGUCAGUCAUAGCCAGGGGGUGUGUAGCUAGCGCUGCAUAAACCGAAACAAAAGUCAUUCAACUUUUAAAUGGCAGAUAAACGAGCGAGUGAGCCUGCAGGGGCAUAAUCUAUAUACCAAAUUAAAGCUGUUUUGGUGCCUUUAGUGGCCCAUUAAGAUUCCAGAUGUUGGAAAAUAGCACAGGUGCCUUUACUUGAACAUUCUUAUAGGUUUAAUUUGAUAAAGUGUUUCUUAAUGUAGCAAUGUAUGUAUCUCAAGCAUUGUGAAUAUUUGUGGUUACCACUUUUACAAUAAUUUAAAACUUUGAAGAUUUCUAGAAAAGGUAUUCCAUACAAUAGUUUCUCAACCUGUAAUAUUUUUGCCAUGUAGUAUUCUUUGGAAUGGCCAUGGGUUGCUGUAGCUCAUGUUUUAUUUCAAUUCGGAGUAGCCUUCUAGCCACAGUAUUGGGAAUAUAGCCCUUUCUCCAUACACUGGAUGAAACCUUGUGUGGGUAAAACCAGUUCAUCCUAUAUUGGUGAAACAAGCAGGUAAAAAUAGAGGGAACAACAGCAGGGGGUGAUCAACUGAAAAAUAGAACAAUGCCUCCCGGCACCACCAAGUCCGGGUUGCGAAACACUCAUUCAAACAUUGCAGUUUCUCUAGAAUUGCAAUAUUUAACCCCUUAAGGACAGCGGGCGUGCUAUGCCAUCCUUAGGGACCCGGCUCUAAACGCCAGGGGGGGCGGCAUAGCACGUCCCCGCCAUCCUUUCUACUUACCCGGUCGUGGUGUGGGGACUCACCUGGCAGCACAGGGAGUCCCCCUCCAUCCGUUUCCACCCCCCUGGGCCAUGCGAUCGCGAGGUCCUUGCAAGGAUCUCGCGAUCCCAUGGACGGCAGCACUAAGUGCAAAACGGACAGCACCCAGACCACUUCAGUGAGCUGAAGUGGUCUGGGUCCCUACAGUGUCCCUUUAAAGAAAUUGGAAUGAUAUUACUGGAAAAAGUUUCAGCUGGUGUAAUAAGUUAGAAAAGGUUGAUAAACUCUGGUUCUGACCGCUAGGGUUAUAUUUAUUUUUCAAUAUUGUGAGAUGAAAAACCAAUAUAUUCUUUUUCUGUAAUGUGUAUUUGUUAUGAAGCAUUAAUGACCCUUUAAAAAUGUAUUUGUUUAAAAAAAACUCCCAUCUCUUUUAUUUGAGUUAGAUCCAUCAACACCAAGGAAGCUGUGGCUACACUUAGUGAGAAGAUAUGCGCAGAGGUGAACAGUACGCUCAUUCAACAUGGCUUUACUCCUUUUUCAUCUGAUAACUUGGAAUCCUUCAAAGGGCAAAUUCAGACAGCAUUAUCACCUUCUAAUCAGAUCUACCAAUUAAUAGGUAAUAGCAUGAAUGAUUUAGUUUAAAACACUGAAAUAUAAUAUGUGAGAGGAUUGAGCAUCUUAAGUACUUAGCAGAGCACACUUUUUUCUGUUAUGACCUUCUGUAAAUGAGAAAUGGAUAACCAGACAACAGCUUCUCAUGAGCAAUGGCCUCCAGUUCAGUAAUAUUCUUGGGUUUGUGUGCUACAGCCGCCGUCUUCAAAUCCCACCAGAGAUUUUCUAUGGGGUACAAGUCAGGUGACUGUGAUGGCCACUAUAGAAUUUCUUAAGACUUCAAAUUCCACCAAGGCUUGGUUCCAAAGGAAGUAUGCUUGGGGUCAUUGUCUUGUUAAAAGGUCCUAUGAUGCCCAAACUUCAGCUUUCUCACAGACGGCAUGACGGUUUUUCUUAGGAUUUCCUGAUACUUCAAUGAAUCCAGCUGGUCUUCCACACACUUCCAAGGCCAGAAGAUGCAAAGCAGCUCCAGAGCAUCAAUGAGCCACCACCACAAUUAACUGUAGGCAUAGUGUUCUUUUCAGUGUAUGCUUCAUUGUCCUUCCUCCAGACAUACCAUUGGGCUGAAAAGUUACAGUUUUGUUUCAUAGCUCCACAGAACAGAACGCCAGAACUUCUGUGGCUUAUUUAUAUGAUUGUUAAGCAUAUUGGAGUCGACUUUUUUCAUGCUUUUAGGUCAGUAGUGGUGUAUGUCUUGGAGUUCUGGCAUGAAAAUCUUCUGCGUUUAGUGCACUCCUUACUGUGCUCACUGAAACCUCAGUUGCUGUUGCCACCAAGUCUUGCAGUCACUCAAGGGUCUUUCUCAACCUGCUUUCUCAGAAAUUUGGUUGCAGUCAUUGAUAGCUUCUUUUUUUUUUUUCUCAGUCUAUGUAGUGUAACCACAGUCCCUUCAACUUUGAACGUGCCAACUAUGUUUCCGACAAUGUCUCUUGGAACAUUCAGUGUUUUCGCUAUCCUGUUCCUUGUUUGGGAAGGGCGAUGAUCUUUUCUCUUAACUUUGUGGACCAUUCUUUUAACUUGGUCAUGUUUCUAACAUGCAGUUAAACGUGACACUCAACAAACCCCUAGCCAGUUCAGGUAUUUCAAAUGUUCCAGCUCAAGAACACCUGGGGCAACAAAUGAAACCCUUGAUUAGUUGCAUAGCGUGUGCUUGAGACAACACCUGUUUUGCAUAUUUGUGCUGUUGUGAGGGAUUAUAUUCAGGGGGUGAUAUAAUUUUGAGACUGGGGAAGUCAUUAUAAGUUACAUUUUCAGUUGAAUUUGGGGAAACCUCUGGAAGUAUUUAUUGUGUUGAGCUAUUUGAAUUGCUUUUGCUUUAGUUGUUCAUUGCAAACCGCUGAAAGUCUGUACAUUUGUAAAUAAACCUGAUUUUCAAUAGGGCUUGAAUAAUUUUGAUUGCAACUGUAGAUGUUUCCAAGUUUUGUAAACAAAUCAAAGCAGAGUACAAGAAAACAUGUGUAGGUGGGUCUCGGGUCUAGUUUUAGUUCACUAGUUUUACGUCAGAGAGAAUCUGUCAGUUUCUAUCAGACUGAUACCACACAAAAUUGCAGUCCAAAUCCAAAAUGCUGGUAAGAUCCCUCUGCACAAGAUACAUCAACACCAAAUGAUGAUCUCCGCCGUGGUGGAUCUUAUCAUUGAACCGUGGCCAAUAAUUCUCUCUACGCACAGUGAACAGAUAGUCUACAUCUAGUUCACCUUAGGAAGACCAUAGGUUUUUGCAAAGAACAAAAGAAUAUUGAGACAACUGCUGAUGUAUCUUGACAUUUGGUUGGUCCCUGCUCAUAUCUCAGGAAGUAAAAGGUAGUGAUAACAAGGCUAAUGCGUUGAUAUGUAUCUUCUGUUUGUUUUAUUCUGUGUCUAACACUAAUGCUCUCUGUUUUUCUGGUCCUCGUUUGGUAGAAAGUAUCAGCCUUCUCCCCCCAUAUCUGGGCAGCCACUAAUGACAUAUCGUUUAUAUUUUGGUUCCACAGAAUCCAGGAUCCAGAAUUUUUUAUUGAGUUACCUGUCGGCCAGUAACCAGAAAUCUCUUCCUUUGACGCCAGGAGGUCUGGGCACAAUUCAACAAGAAAUUGAAAAAAUAGCGGUGAAAUUUGCACGCCUCGUUAAUUACAACAAGACCGUGUUUAGCCCGUACUAUGAUUCACUCCUGAGCAAGAUACUGAAAAAGUAACAUUUCUAGCCUUGGGGUUUAAAUCUCCAAACCGACUCAUGAAAUGUAUGUAGAUUGCCCACCACAAAAUACUUUUGAGGGGUUUAUUUUCUAAACUGUGUAUUGUGACGUAUUUACAACUGACUUACAAAAUGUUGGUCAAAUAGGAUCGGAUAGUUUUUUUUUUUUUUUUUCAUAUCUGCCUGUUUGAGAGAUCCUGGUUGAAUCUCACUGCUUAGAAAAUAAACCGUAUAGUUUUUGUGAUGCUCUGUGGGCGCCUAACAUGGGACAAAAUGUGUGAAUAUUAAAUCAAUUGUUUUAGUGUAACACCAAAGCUUGUUAACCCUUUGAAUACUGUUUUGGUGAGCUAGUGAUGAUCAUCAAUGUUUGGUCCUCAAAGGGUUAAUAAAAACUGCAUCAGUAUUUACUCUCAAAUUAGAAUUUGUUUUGUUUUUUUAAAAUCAAUUUCUAGAAUAUAAGAUUUUAAAACUAUAUUUUAAAACAUUCAUUUCCCCUAUAGAUUCCUUUAUGAAUGCCACCAAAAGAGGUUUAAUAGAGACUGUGUAAUAUUUAACAAAAAAAACUGCACAUUCCUGUUUAUUUUUAUUAUGAAUAAAUCUGAAACAUUGUAUAGUAUUCUUACAGUUUAAUUUAACCGUAUGAAGACUGGAGACGUGCAUGCAUUAGUGGGUCAUAAAUAAUACCACCACCUAACAAGAUUGCCACUGUUUGUUAAACCAUUUCUGGGUAGUUACUCAAUUACAUAUCAUUGGCCAAGCGUUGUGUACAUUAUAACUCUGCUCCAUCUAAAAAAAAUAAACAUUUUAAUUCUGGUUUUCCCCCCCACAUUUUUGAGAACUCACAAGUGAGAGCACAAAUCAUUUUCUGUUUAAGAUCUCUUAGAAUGUAAAGCUGUGCUUGCUUGUAGUUGGAUGCAAUACAUUUUACUUACUAUUGGCGUAUGUUGUCAGAAUGUGUGCAUGUCAGCCUUUACAUGUUAAUUAGUUAAAAUAAGUAGCCUAAAUGUCAAGAUGCAAAUUAGGGCUCCAGUGGACAAACACAUUCUACUGGUGUGAUCAAACCAAUAAGAAAAAUAACCUAAAUGUUAAGUUAUCAUUACUUAUCAGAAAUGUGGUUAUCAGUGACUCAUUUGCUGUAACAGCUUUUUAUUCGCCAUGCCAUGUUUUCGUGGUCUUAAAACAUACUUGUGUCAUGGAAAGUCAUGCCAGUUUACUUUAUUGGAGGUUAAUUUCUCGUUGACGCUGGGGAGAUCUGCUUACUGUCUUCUGACAGUUGGGGCUACAUUUAGUAACAUUGAAAUGACAGAUAACCUGUAAGCCGUGAUGAGGACUGAAGUCUGCUUUAUGACUUGACUAAAUGUGUUCUUUGCUGUGGAGAACAUUGCCGUAAAGAGAUUGUGCUGGCAACCCACAAGUCUAUGCAGGGCAUGGACCCUGUAGUUUUGAGGAAUAUUUGUCAAAAUCAGAAGUAAAUACAUUUUCUUCAAAAUGGUGUGUGUGUGUGUCAAAGAAAGUAAGAAAUUGUUUGAAUAAACAAAGUAAAAGUGCUGUCUAAAAGUCCUGUUUAAUAACAGCAAUAAAAGAUUAUGCAACUAGGUAGGACUGUUAUGAGAUAAAGAGAUUAACCCAAACGAUUGUCAAGAAUGAGUUAAAGGGUCACUCUCUAUGUAUUGUGUAGGUUGUGGUGUAAAGAGGCUCCAUGUCAUGGUGACCCUGUACUUUAAGGCUUAUAAAUGCAGCAAUUUGCAAAAAUCACUUAGUAUUAUUAGACUGUCCUCACAUUUUUGUAAAUAUUUUAUUAUAUCUUUUCAUGUGACACUACUUUACAUUGUAGCAGAGUGUAAUUUCUUCAGUGCUAAGUGUACAGCCUGUAUAACAGUGUAAAUUUGCUGUCCCCUCAAAAUAACAACACACAGCCAUUAAUGUCUAAACCAUUGGCAACAAAGGUGAGUACACGCCUAAGUGGAAAUAUCCAAAUUGGAUCAAAUUAGCCAUUUUCCUUCCCUGGUGUCAUGUGACUCGUUAGUGUUCCAAGGUCUCAGGUGUGAAUGGGGAGCAGGUGUGUUAAAUUUGGUGUUAUCGCUCUCUCACUCUCUUAUACUGGUCACUGGAAGUUCAACAUGGCACCUCGUGGCAAAGAACUCUCUGAGGAUCUAAAAAAAAUAAUUGUUGCUCUCCAUAAAGAUGGCAUAGGCCAGGGGUAGGCAACCUUUUAGCAGCACUGUGCCGAUAUAGGAUUGUGAUUUCCCGUAGCGUGCCUGUCCUAUUUUUUUAAAUUGAGGUGUGAAUGCUGCCAUAUUCUGCUUGUGUUUUUUUUAUACUGCAGUUGCUUUGUAUCGUUGUAUUUGUGCUAUAUGAGCUAUUAUAUUGUAUAUGUUCAGGAGUACUUUUUUGGUAUCAUGUAUGAUACAUAUGAAUGUGGACUGUGUAUGGGGGCUGCUUGUGGAAUUGUGUGUGUGUGUGUGGAUGAAUAUGUCACAUUUUGUGUUUGGUAGUGUGUGUGUAUGUGUGGGGGCUGUUUGGGGUAUUGCAUGUGGGGUUGUGUGCAUGUAUGUGGAUUGUUAGCGGGUUACGUUUGUUUGUGGGCUAUUUGUAUUAUUUGUAUGAGGGGAGGGUUAUUGUGCAUUUCAGUGUAUAUUUAGCAGUGUGUGUGGCUUCCCUGGGUUCCAGUGGGGACCAGGCUGGCCAGGUACAGGUCAAGGACAGGAGCUGCAACAGCAACUGCAGGCUGCUCUACUACAGUGUGGAUUCCCAUUCACAAGUGCUGGGAGGAAGUGAUCUGAGAUCACUUACUCUAUGUGCUGCAAUGCAUAAAUUGAGGAUUGUCCUUCACCACCUUUUCGUAUUAGCAGAUAUCUGAAGUUUCACUGGGACUCCUGAUAGGCCAGUGCCUGUUUGGCUGUAGCAGCCUUGAGUGCCGUGCAUGGCACUAGUGCCGUAGGUUGCCUACCCCUGGCCUAGGCUAUAAGAAGAUUGCCAAGUCCCUGAAACUGAGUUGCAGCAUGGUGGGAAACACCAUACAGCGGUUUCACAGGACAGGUUCCAAUCAGAACAGGCCUCGCCAUGGUCGACCAAAGAAGUUGAGUGCAUGUGCUCAGCGUCCUAUCCAGAGGUUGUCUUUGGGAAAUAGACGUAUAAGUGCUGCCUGCAUUGCUGCAGAGAGUGAAGGGGUGGGGGAUCAGCUGUUCAGUGCUCAGACGAUACGCCGCACACUACAUCAAAUCGGUCUGCAUGGCUGUCGUCCCAGAAGGAAGCCUCUUCUAAAGAUGAUGCACGGGAAAGCAGACUAAGGUCAUGGAUUAAUGGAACCAUGUCCUGUGGUCCGAUGAGACCAACAUAUAAACUUAUUUGGUUCAGAUUGUGUCAAGCGUAUGUGGCGGCAACCAGAUGAGGAGUACAAAGACAAGUGUAUCUUGCCUACAGUCAAGUAUGGUGGUGGGAGUGUCAUGGUGUGGGCUUGCAUGAGUGCUGCUGGCACUGGGGGAGCUACAGUUCAAUGAGGGAACCAUGAAAGCCAACAUGUACUGUGACAUACUGAAGCAGAGCAUGAUCCCCUCCCUUCGGAGACUGGGCCGCAUGAUAACUACCCCCAACACACCUCCAAGACGACCACUGCCUUGCUAAAGAAGCUGAAGGUAAAGGUGAUGGACUGGCCAAGCAUGUCUCCAGACCUAAUCCCUAUUGAGCAUCUGUGGGGCAUCCUCAAACGGAAGGUGGGGGAGCACAAGGUCGCUAACAUCCACCAGGUCCGUUAUGUCAUCUUGGAGGAGUGGAAGAGGACUCCAGUGGCAACCUGUGUAGCUCUGGUGAACUCCAUGCCCAUGACGGUAAAGACAGUGCGGGAAAAUGAUGGUGGCCACACAAAAUUUUGACAUUUCCACUUAGGGGUGUACUCACUUUCCUUGCCAACGCUUUAGACAAUAGUUGUGUGUUGUUAUUUUGAAGGGAAAGCAAAUUAACACUGUUAUACAAGCUGUACAUUUGCUACUCUACAUUGUAGCAGAGUGCCAUGUCUUCAGUGCUGUCGCAUGGAAAGAUAUCAUGAAAUAUUUCCAAAAAUGUGAGGGGUGUACUCACUUUUGUGACAUAUUGCAUAUCUUCAAAAGUCAGCAAUGCAGCAUAAAAUGCUGGGGUGAGAGGUUUAGUGUAUCAAUAUGUAUGUAGUGAGGGCUUUAAACCCCCUCCCCCAUCUCACCUGUCCAAUCCUGCAAAAAGUUUUUUUGCUUAAAUAUCAUCAAAUGCAGCUCAUGGAAAAUCAUUGCAUUUGAUGAUUUCCUAGGAGAAGCAUUUGAUUGGAUGUUCGCAUGGCGGUUGCUGUGCAUGACUAUCAUGUCUCACUCCUGGCAUCUACUAUUUAACCAGGUAAAUGUUGUCAACAGGUGAGAAGUUCCUACGUUUUCAAAUCUUCAACAUAAAGCACAAAAUCAUAUGACAUUUUAAGUUAUGUUGUCUAGCGUCCCCUCCACACUUACCUUUAAAUAUAAGAUGUGCCUUCAAGCACUGAUCUUCGGCUCUCCUUUUUUGUUCUGGUUACUGUGGAAGUAUAAACGCAAUCAAUGAGUGGGGAGGGGCAACUUUUCACUGGCUGCCCGUUGCAAAAAAAAAGUCUAGAAAUGCACAUAUAUUUUCUUAUAAUGAGAGGCCAGUGAUUGGCUGAAAGUGUCCACUGACGCACUCAGCCCAUCACUGCCGCCAUCUCGCUGUUUGCGCUAAUGCUUCUGCAUUAACUUGAGCAGAAGAGGCGCAUUUGAGGACACAGUUUUAUGUUGAACAGUUUAUUUUGAUAUAUUUUUACUUCAUUAACAAAACCGGAUAAUUUCCUGGCCUGGAGUUGCCAGAUUAGAAUUCUAUAAAAAAAAAAAAAAAAUCAGAAUGUUGUCUAUUCUUAAUUGGACACUCCACUGCCCAAAUAUAAAAUAAAAAAAAUCAGUGUUUAGUAUAUACCCCAAAUAAAAACUUGCAUGUAUUUAAUUGUUGUUUUUUUUUUCCAUUGCAAGUAUGUCUAAAAUCGGCUUGCAAAACCUGCAGAUCUCUUGUCUGCAGUCUUUAAAAGCCCUCCCUUUCUAACCCCGCCCAUACUUUCUGUGGCUGUCCAAUCACAGUCUUCCCAAUGCAGCUCAAUGAGAAGUAUUUGCAAGACCGGCCCUUAAUGAUAUUCAUUACUUUCCUAUUACUGUGUGCGGAAUAAUUCAUCUACAUAUUUUUGGGACAAUAAAGGUGAAAUAUUAAGAGCAAAUCUGUCACAAAGUGGAACAAUCAGCUGCAAAACUUACGAUUUCUGUUUGUUAGAACCGUUCCACACUUUGAGAAAAACUGCUCUUUAACCCUCUGUGUACUUGCUUGAAUAAAAAUAUUAAAAACCAAGAGAACAUGCAGUUUGUGGGUUUAUUUUGGACACAAGCUCUUUAAUUCUUGAAAAAGCUUAUAAUACACGUGGGACCACCAUGGAUGGAAAUAUGAGAGUAGAAUAUUUUGUAACUUAUAUUAAUGGUUUCUAUAUUAAUGUAUCCACUGGAUAGGUACCAGAACAAAAUGUAUGAAUAAAACAAAUUAAAUAAAGAAAACGAGUAUGUAUUCUUCCUUUCCUCCACACCACAGAAUUGUUGGAAGGGUCUUGAGCUCUCAAAUACUGGGUAAUGAGAAGCUUGCUUCUCCAACCUGUCUUAAGAAAACCACCUAGUGCAUGCACACUUCACCUGCUUUUAUCUGAGUAAGUUGCCC